AUGCAGAGAAAUGAAACUAGACAAUAUAAGCGACGGGUUAGCAUUGGAUAUUCCCAAGAUGGGAUAUAUUCAAUUAACGUAAAUGCUGUUGUUUUAGAAGUAGGAUUCUUAGAGGUUAUCGGCAAUGCCCUUUACACUGAUCUCAAAAAAUUAAACGAUAACACUGAAAAAGUGUUCAUUAUCAACGUUAACCAAAGCAGAGAACCGAUAGACAGCAUGGCGACAUCGCUGAGCAUAUUUGCACGACGUCAACACUAUUUAUCACGUGGGGUUACUGAACAACAAGUAUUCUUUGUUGAAUCAUAUGGAAUUGUCGUCUACCAGCAAAUGUUUACAAUUUAUGUAAUGCAUCGAACAAGUGAAGAUCUUUAUGUUGUUGAUGCUUUAACAGAAUUUAAUAUACCAAAUACUAAGGAUCAAUUGUACAUUUUGAAGGAAGUAAUCGAACAUGUUUAUUUAUUUAAGGCUUUAGCCUCGGUAAUAUCAAAAAAAGCUCCGUUUAAUGAAGAGUGGGUAAAUCUUGUCAAAAAAGAAUUAAAAGGGAAAGAUCCUGAAAAAGGCAUCGAUGUGAAACCUGUUUACACAAAAGCUGAUGCAGAAUUCAUUCAAGACGAAAUACCGGGAAAAUUUCCAUAUACCAGAGGCCCUUAUGCUUCGAUGUAUACUGCUAGGCCGUGGACGAUUCGCCAGUAUGCUGGUUUUAGUACCGUUGAAGAAUCAAAUGCUUUUUAUCGAAAAAAUCUUGCUGCGGGACAACAGGGCUUAUCUGUUGCCUUCGAUUUAGCUACCCACCGUGGUUACGAUUCGGAUCAUCCCCGUGUAGUAGGAGAUGUCGGUAUGGCUGGUGUAGCUAUAGAUUCAGUAGAAGAUAUGAAGAUCCUUUUUAGUGGUAUUCCUCUAAAUAAAAUGUCGGUUUCCAUGACAAUGAACGGCGCAGUAUUGCCAAUUUUGGCAAUGUUUAUAGUGGCUGGACUAGAACAGGGUGCAAAAUUAGAAGAGCUUUCAGGAACUAUUCAAAAUGACAUUCUAAAAGAGUUUAUGGUCCGAAAUACUUUUAUAUAUCCACCUGAACCCUCAAUGAAGUUAAUUGGUGAUAUAUUUUCAUACACUUCACAGCAUAUGCCUAAAUACAAUUCGAUCUCGAUAUCAGGCUACCAUAUGCAGGAAGCUGGUGCCGAUAAUGUGCUUGAAUUAGCAUUUACGGUUGCCGAUGGAAUUGAGUAUGCUAAGACAGGUAUCAAGGCUGGAAUGACAAUCGAUCAUUUUGCACCUAGAUUAUCCUUCUUUUUCGGAAUCGGGAUGAAUUUUUAUAUGGAAAUUGCAAAAUUACGCGCGGCUCGUCGUCUUUGGGCGCAUCUAGUUCAGGAGAAUUUCCAGCCUAAAAAUCAUAAGUCAACGAUGUUGCGAACUCAUUGUCAAACUUCCGGUUGGUCACUUACUGAGCAGGAUCCAUUUAAUAAUAUCAUCAGAACUACAAUUGAAGCAAUGGCAGCAACUCUGGGAGGCACGCAAUCACUGCAUACCAAUUCUUACGACGAGGCUGUUGGAUUACCAACCGAAACUUCGGCACGAAUAGCGCGUAACACACAAAUCAUAUUACAGGAGGAGGCGUUUAUACCAAAAGUUGCAGACCCAUGGGGUGGAAGUUACAUGAUGGAAAAUUUGACGAAUGAUUUAUAUGACCAUGCAAAAGCGAUUGUUGAGGAAGUGGAAGAAUUGGGUGGAAUGGCCAAAGCUGUAGCAAGCGGUAUGCCUAAACUUCGAAUCGAAGAAAGUGCUGCGCGAAGACAAGCUAGAAUUGAUUCAGGACAAGAAACGAUCGUUGGUGUGAAUAAAUACGUAGUCGAAAAUGAAGCACCAAUUGAGGUUCGCGCAAUCGAUAAUAAUAAGGUUAGAGAAGAGCAGGUUGCUCGUAUUAACCAAAUUAAAGCAGGCCGAGAUACCGCAAGAGCUGAGGCCGCUUUAAAUGCUUUGACGGAAUGCGCUAAAACAAAUCAAGGCAAUUUGCUGGAGCUUUCUAUUGAGGCUGCUAAAGCACGAUGCACAGUCGGUGAAAUUUCCUAUGCUUUAGAAAAAAUCUGGGGACGUCAUGAGCCAUCAAGUCGCGUUGCCAGUGGAGCCUACAAAUCUGCAUUUGGAACUGAAGGUGAAGUAAGCGAAACCAUCAAAUUAGUCGAGGAAACACGAAAUAAAUUAGGUGUAAAUCCACGAAUUCUCGUCGCAAAAUGCGGACAAGAUGGACAUGAUCGUGGCGCAAAAGUGAUAGCCUCUGCAUUCAGUGACUUUGGAUUUGACGUGGAUUUAUCCCCGCUAUUCAGUACACCAGAAGAAGUUGCUCGUCAAGCAAUCGAUAACGAUGUGCAUGUGAUUGGCGUUUCAUCACAAGCUGCCGGACAUAAAACAUUAGUGCCAGCACUUAUUAACGAACUUCAUCGACUUGGCGUAACCGACAAGAUUAUUGUGGUUGGUGGCGUCAUUCCUCAUCAAGAUUAUCAAUUCCUUAAAGAUGCUAGUGUUAGCUCUAUUUUUGGGCCCGGAACAAAAAUCCCAGAAGCUGCUAAAGAAGUUAUCCUGAAAAUUCAAGAUAUCGCUAGUCAAGACAGUCUCCAUGGAUAA